AUGACCCUCACAGCUGGAGUGUCAAUGGUUCAUCCUCUUUUUGUAUGCAAGACUCAGUGGUACGAUCGAGACAACCCUAGCGGAACUGGAGACUUUGAGGUACUUGAGAAACUCUACCUCGAACACCCAAAUGAAAUCUGCUCAUUUCCGCUCGACAUUGAGGUCCAAACUGUCGCUGGAAAUACUGUGGCUUCAACAGGAGAUGUCAUUGCUGUAGUGGAUGCAACUACUGGGUUCAUCUGUAAAAAUGCUGACCAGAAGAGUGGAUAUUGCUCAGAUUAUAAAGUUCGUUUCAUAUGUCCCAUCGCUUUCUGCAAAGAACACGAAUGCUGGACUCAAUGGUUUGAUCAAGACAACCCCUCUGGUACUGGAGACUAUGAAACUCUUUCCAAACUGCACAAAGAAAACCCAGGGAAGAUCUGCAAACAGCCAGUUCAGAUUGAGGUCAAAACUACAUCUGGAGCCAGUGUUGGUUCAACAGGCAAUGUGAUUCAUGCAUCUGACACGCAAACUGGAUUUAUUUGUUUAAAUCGUGACCAGCCACAGAACGGUCGUUGUGCAGAUUUUAAAGUUCGUUUCUCGUGCCCCGUUGAAUUCUGCAAACCAAAAGUAUGCAAGACUCCAUGGUACGAUCGAGACAACCCUAGCGGGACCGGAGACUUCGAGAUACUUGAGAAACUCUACCUUGAACACCCAAAUGAAAUCUGCUCUUUUCCACUGGACAUUGAGGUCCAAACGGUCGCUGGAAAUACUGUGGCUUCAACAGGAGAUGUCAUUAAUGCGUAA